CCUCACGCCUCCGUUCCCCGACUGUCUGCUUGCUCCAUGGAAAGUCGGUGCACCCCAACCCCGAGAACCACUUUGACUCCGAUCCGAUGAUACUAUGGAGCCCUUCAACACCCACGAUCCGCCACCGCAGCCAGGCGGCCCUCAUCCUGGAGCCAUGAUGAACACCCUCGGCCCGCCGCCGCUGCCGCCGCAAGCCCAGCAACUGCCACCCCAGAUGUUCACCACCGCUGCUCAGUUGCUAGACCUUACUGAUAAGAAGCUUCUACUUGUCCUCCGAGACGGCAGGAAAUUGAUAGGUAUCCUCCGAAGCUGGGACCAAUUCGCAAACUUAGUCCUCCAAUCUACCAUCGAACGCGUAUUCGCAACCGUUACAGAUCCCCAAAAUCCCCAAACGAGGGGCGUAUAUGCCGAUAAAUCGCAUGGUAUUUUCCUCAUCAGAGGUGAGAAUGUGUUGCUACUCGGCGAAAUCGACCUUGACAAGGAUGAUGAUCCACCUUUUGGCUACGAGAAAGCCGAGUUUGGCCUAGUCGAAAAGCUUGCAAAUGAACAGAAAGCCGUAGAGAAGGCGAAGGAGACGAAGAAGCUCAAAAAGUUGGCCACACUGGGAUUUGAGGGGGAGAACAUGGGCGAGAUUCUACUAUGAAAAAUCUUUUGCUCAAGCGGACCUACACAACCGAGAUUCGACAAGUCGAAGAAUUAUAAUUGAACCAGCGUCACAGCGACAGGCAAGCAAAGACUGGCUUGGGUGGAAUUGGCAGAAUAUUGUGAAAUGCCCUUCCACCGACAAA